AUCUCAGAAGGUUAUUUUUCCCGAGAUCAACCGAGACUCGAGGUACCAAAAAUGUCUCGGUGGCUAGGACACUAGAGCUGCACCAACUGUGGAUGUUUGAUUUAUUCGAUUUUUUUUUUUGCACUAACAUGCACCGCGCAGGAGCAAAAUGGACGUAAACAAGUGAUGUAUGAACUUGGAAUUAAAGCUAAAUUGACUAAUUGAUCUGUUAAAAUACUCGAAAGAAUAAGAUGUUUCAUGGCUGCUGAAAUUGUAUUCUGCGCAUGAUGACGCGCCAAAGCACGUCUGUCCCCGCUUAGCGGCCAGGCUUGCAGGAAGUAUGUUGAAUCGGUGGAAAAAAGAGCGAAGGACUCAAGUCGAUUGUUGAUUUGGAAAAACAACCAUGUCUAAUCGAUGAACUCAGACAAUCUGUUUUUCCCAAAUUUUGCAUCGUUCACACUGUGGGCACAAAGGCCAACUGAGGGGUAAGUCGAAGGCGCUAAACGUCUAAAAUGAGAUUUUCCAUCCAUGGGCCGUAGCAUAUUUGUCGAGAUCUUUGUGUCGGUCCAGGCUAGCCCGGGGUUGCUACAGCUAGCUAGGCUAACUGGCAAUGCUAUGUGUAUUUGCCGUGCAGUCAAUUGUUAAAAUUAUUCCAGGUUCAUUUGUCUGUUGAUUAAAACAAAAAUGGACACUUCUUUUCAUGCAAAUGGAACAAUUGUUGCAUUUAAGUCGGACUAUAUUGCAGUUAUAUUACAUAUGGAACUUCCGUUUUCCUCACUUUUUACCAUCGUGGGGGGUGCUAGCUGGCUAUGUGCUAAGACGGCCGCAUAGCCUGCAAGUUUGCGUUUAUACCCGAUGACCACAAAAUGUAUUAUUGGAAAGUGAUUCAGUCGACAGAGGGUUACUCAUUCUCGUGAUUGCAAGAUAUUACUCAUCCGUCAAAUAUCCUCCGCCCACCCGACCCAUGAGUCCAGCUAGCAUACAAUGUUUGCAUAGAUAAAAACUAACAUUGUAGGCUAACGCGUUAGCCGGUUGGUUAGCAUGGGAAAAUGGCUUGCUGUUCGAAAGCCAUUUUCCGAUGAAAAUGGGGUCUCAGUGAAAGUGGGUUGAGGUCUUCGGAUAUUAUCGCUUCACUGCGUAGCGCCGUGAACGCCAUUCAAAUAUUACAAUGAGGGAAGCUUGUUUUAUACAAAAUGGGUAGAACUAGGAUUAGUUCAUGUACGGUCGCGACUAUGCAGUUGUUGGAAAUUAUGGGAGUGGGCGAAGGAAAUGUCGGCGGUAAAGAUGCCCCGCUUUUGUCCUGGCAAAUACAUGCUGGGCUGAACCCGGCAUAGAAAAGACGGUCCAAGUGUUACCUCAUUGGCCGCUGUGACCCCAGGCCCACCUCCUGCUUGCCAGGAAGGGCCUUGAUUGGCUGAACCUGUACCCAGCUUCUGGGGAGAACAUGGCUGCCACCACCCACUGCUAAACAGCUAAGCCACAGUCUUCUUCCCCCCCCCCCCUCCCCCCACCUCUUCCUCAUCACUGUUCAUAACUGCAUUGUGAACUGUGAUUCUCCCUUCAAAUUUGAAUUACAGUACUAUGGCAAUGCAUGAUAUGAGCCGUGCAAAGGGUUUCCCCUGUAAAGAGUGUGAUAUGGUCUGCCCGAGUACACCUAGUCUACUAGAACAUAUGAAAGCACAUUAUCAGCAGGAAGAGACCGGACGUUUUGAGUGUGAGCAGUGUGGCAGAAUUUACAAGCACGCAGGAAGUUUAGCCCAUCACAAGAAAUCUCACGAAGUAGGUUCAUUUCAGUGCCCCGUUUGUACCCGUACUUUACCCAACGCAGUAGCUUUGAAAAACCACUUACGCAUCCAUACAUUGUCCCCUAGUAGUGCGCAGACAGAAGAAGAGAGUGAGGAGGUAGUCGAAGACGGCGGCCACGACGAGAGGGACUACAGCCUUGCCCAGGACCUCUCCGAAAACUUUGGGCGUACUCAUUUGAACAACAGUGGCAUAACCCAUAGUGUCCUGCAAAGCCACGAGGCAGAGGAACACGGAAAAAAAGGCUCCCCGGGAUCUGACGACGCCUGGGACAGGCCCUUUAAGUGUGAUCAGUGUGACAGAACCUACCGCCACCACGGUAGCCUGGUGAACCACAAGAAGUGUCACCAGCAAGGAACUUUUAAGUGCUCUGUGUGUUUCAAGCAAUUCAGCAACCUGGCGGCGCUAAACGGCCACGAGCGUACCCACUCCAAGUUCAAGACUCCCGGGGCAUCCAUGGUGAGCAGCAGUAGCAGCCUCCAUAGCUCGGAGCGAGGCAGCAGCAACCAGUCGUCCCAGAACGACGACGGGGGUUCCUGCUUUUGCCACCUGUGCCAAGUUACACUGCCAAACAAGGCAGACUUCCAGGAGCACAUCCUGCUGCACAACGCAGCCUCGUCCUCCCUUGGCCUCUCUCGCAGCUUCCCCGGCAUCAUGCCCCACAACCUGAGUGCAGUCCGCUCCCCGGCAUACACCCCGGCCCUGGGUGACCCACUGCCCCUGCCGCCGCUGCCAAGUGAGAAAAGGGGCCCGUAUGAUCCAAUCAUGGGCCCUCCUGUCAACAAUCCCAUCUAUACUUGUGCAUAUUGUGGCGCAGGCCAUCCAGAUCUCGAGAGUCUGAAGGUCCACUACUUGACCCAUGACCCCCAUCCCGGUGCUCACAGUCAGGAGAGCGCCAUCCUUAACUCAGAUGGGAUGAGCUCAGGGUCCCAAGGCUCAGUAUCAUCGCCAUCCGGUGGACGAGUGCCACAAGCCAACUCCCCAGAUGAUGGAGAACGCCGGUUUAAGUGUGGCGAGUGCGGUAAAAGCUACCGCCACGCCGGGAGUCUGGUGAACCACAAGCGAUCUCACCAGACAGGCCAUUACCAGUGCACCAUCUGCUGUAAGCAGUACCCUCACCUAGCGGCUCUGCACAGCCAUCUACGUAGCCACAAGGGCCGCCCCUCCAACCAGCCCCUGAACAAUGACAGCAAUGAUUGGCUGUCUUCAGAGCCACUGACCUUAGAUUCUCAGAAUAGCUAUGUCCAAGAGGGUAGUGGUGCCACUACUCCGAUCUCACUACCUGGCAAUCUAGGUGAUGCUGCCCACUUUGUACCAGAUGGAGGUCACAGCAGCGGACUCGACUCUUUAGAGUUCCAUGACCGCUUUGAUGGAGGUUCCUUGUCCCAAAGCAACUCAGCACACCGCCAGGCAGACCGGCAUAUGUGCGCAGAUUGUGGCGAGAUGUAUGGCGACAUAUCAGGCAUCAAGUCCCACAUGUGCCCCCGGCGUGGCCAGCAGCAGCAACCGCAGGGCAACAUGUCCAAUGGCUUCAUGGGAAACAUGAACUAUCACAGCCCCGGUGGGACAUCUCUGCCAUCCGGAGGCUCAAGUAGCAUGAAGGAGGGCAGCAGCCAGCGCCAGUACUCGCAGAGUGGAGGCAAAAGGAUGGGAAACAAUGACAAAGAGGAAGACGACGGGGAGGUAUACCAGUGCUCUGUGUGCGGCAACCAUUACGCCAGCCUCAGAGCCCUCCGGAGCCAUCUCCGCAGCCACGCCAACAAUCCAACCACACCCGGGCCGUCCAACUUGGAACAAGAAUGGAGGAUGAUCUGCUCCACCUGUGGCCAGAGUUUCUCUAGGAAGCAAGACCUUUUGAAUCACCAGCUUAUCCAUGGGCCCCAGACCGCAGAACGCCAGUCCCAGCCAAAUGUGAGCACCGCUGCCAACGGCAAUGACAAGAUGGAUGGUCGCAAUCACAUUUGCGUGGACUGCGGAAUGUUUUUUGCCGACCGCCACCACCUGAUUACUCACCUUUGCCCUGGCAAGAACCGAUCAGGGAACCUGAGCAAGCAGGGCCUGAACGGAGCCAAAAGGAUGUCUGGAGGAGAGGGAGUCAGUGGAGGGGUUGCUGGCGGCAGCGGAGAUGUUGGAGGAGAUGGCCGGAGGUCGAUGGGAGAACAAGGCGACAGGCCCCAUAAAUGUGACCAGUGUGGCCGAGGUUACAGGCACCCAUGCUCCCUCCUCAACCACAAGAAAUCCCACAAGACUGGAGUGUUCCGCUGCCUGGUGUGCCAGAAGCGCUACUACAAUCUGCUGGCACUCAAGAAUCACCAAAGGACCCACUUUGACUUGAAGAGGCACAAGUGUGAGGAAUGUGGUAAGGCUUUCAAGAUCCAAAAGCAACUUAUCAACCACCUGCGUCUCCAUGAAGAGCAUCGGGCCAAGGGCCUGAUCCGCACUGGCCCCAAUGGAUCCCGCUUCCAGCAAGCUGGAACAUCCCAAAUGCAGAGUAUGAGAGGCGAGUCCUCCAAGAGCCACGGAAUGGGGGUAAAAUAUGCCAAUGCCCAGCAAGGCUUCAAGAAACCCUACUCCUCAGCAGGAACAUCUAGGCCCCAGAAAUUUGAUCAGUCUGAGGGAGGGCGCCGUCCCUUUGCCUGUGACGAGUGUGGAAAGACAUACCGCCAUGCAGGUAGUCUGGCCAACCACAAAAACCUCCACAAGAUCGGGGAAUACCAUUGCAAUGUCUGCAACUCCACAUACCCCAAUCGGCUGGCCAUGAAAAACCACCUGCGUCUCCACUUCGCCCAGAAGAAGCACAACUGCCAGGAGUGUGGCAAGGGCUUCCGCACUCAGAAACAGCUUGCCACCCACAACACCGCAGGCCUCUGCAAGGGGCCCCAGGGUCCGGGAGUCCAGAUGGAUUUUGAGUGUGAUGGCUGCUGCGAAGGUUACGCAACAGCCGACGAGCUAGCGGCCCACGACUGCCCGGCCCAACACCUGCCUUCCUCCUCCGCCUCCGUCAAUAGCUCCAACCUCAGCUUGGAGGGCCGAAGUGUGGACCUUGACUCUGACGAGAGGCCCUACGCCUGUGACCUGUGCAGCUGCGCCUACAAGCAUGCCAGCUCCCUGCUGAACCACAAGCACACCCACAAGACGGGCGACUUCCGUUGCAACUUCUGCGACAAGCCGUACACAAACUACAUGGCCCUGCGCAACCACAUGCGCAUCCACACGCAGCGGAAAAAGCACAUCUGCCACACGUGCGGCAAAGCCUUCCGGCUGGCCAGAUUCCUCCGCAACCACCAGAAGGUCCACGAGGAGGGUGCCACACCCUUUGGUUGUCCGAGCUGUGGGAAGAGUUUCCAGGGGAGAUCGGGCCUGGCUAGGCACCGCUGCGGGGACAACCAGGUAGGCAUGGAAGGCAGGAGGAAGGCCGCUGCACCCGCAGGAGAGGGCGAAGAGUGUCGGUACACAUGUGAUCAGUGCGGCCGCUCCUACCGUCAUGCCAGCUCCCUCCUCAACCACAAGAACACCCACACCGUCGGAAUUUACCACUGCGCCGUCUGCCUCAAGACUUACUCCAAUCUGCUCGCCCUGAAGAACCACCGCCGCAUCCACUCCGAGACCCGUCGCCACCGCUGCCACGACUGUGGCAAAGCCUUCCGCGUCUCUUCCCAGCUCUACAACCACCGCCGUGUCCACCAGAAGCAGCGGGAGCUCACCUGCCGCUCCUGCCAGCGCUCCUUCCCCACGCAGGCCAGCUUCCGGCUCCACAUGGAGAUCAGCCACGGACAGGCCCCUCAGCCCCGCCAGCCCAGAUCCCAGCAGCCCCGGCCGGGAGGCUCCCAGGAGCUGGGCUGGGGCUCGGGCCUGGACCACACUCUGAUGCAGGCGCAGGGCCUCAACCCCCACGGUAUGAACAAGGCUCGUGGUCGCGGCGGUCACGGCGGGGUCAUAAAGUCGCAUGUUUGCGACCAGUGCGGGCGCGCCUACCGCCACGCCAGCUCCCUGCUCAACCACAAGAACAGCCACAAGACGGGUACCUACUUCUGCAACUCCUGCCAGAAGGAGUUCCCCAACCUCAUGUCCCUGAAGAACCACCGGCGCAUCCACACGGAGCCCAAGCGCUACCAGUGCCCCGACUGCGGCAAGUCCUUCCGCGUCUCCACCCAGCUCAUCUGCCACCGGAGAAUCCACACCAAGGAGAAGCCCUUCUCCUGCCAGCAGUGCGACAAGCGCUUCUCCUCCAGGUCCAACCUGAGGCACCACAUGAAGGUUCACUGGAGCGGCUCCACGGCGCCCCCUUCCAUGUCCAUGGGUGCGCCCAACUUCUUGGACUUAAGCCCGGUGGGUUCCACAAGCAGCUCCAAGAACUAUGUGUGCAACCAGUGCGGACGCGCCUACCGCCACGCCAGCUCCCUGCUCAACCACAAGAACAGCCACAAGACGGGCACCUACUUCUGCAACUCCUGCCAGAAGGAGUUCCCCAACCUCAUGUCCCUGAAGAACCACCGGCGCAUCCACACGGAGCCCAAGCGCUACCAGUGCCCCGACUGCGGCAAGUCCUUCCGCGUCUCCACCGCGCUCAUCUGCCACCGGAGAAUCCACACCAAGGAGAAGCCCUUCUCCUGCCAGCAGUGCGACAAGCGCUUCUCUUCCAGGUCCAACCUGAGGCACCACAUGAAGGUUCACUGGAGCGGCUCGCUGCUCUCCAGGGGUUCUUCCUCAGCUUUCCUCACCAUUCCAUCCCGUCCUUUCCUGUAGAUCUACGCCUGCGCCCAUGUAGGGCUCACAGCCCUCAACCUUUUUCCUCAGCGGUUGCAGUGGAAACAGUGUUGCUAUGAAUGGGGCGGAGGGGAGCGCUUUCGCCACCAAGAAUAAACACCCGCAAAGAGCCGCAAAUGUUUGGCCCCUGUUGGAAAUUGGUCUUGUAUUCAAAAAUGUGCAAAAGGACGUAUUUGUGACCUGCAGAAAACCCUUUAAAAACGAGUUAACAUCCAGGAAGGAGUGGGCAGGUUUCUAAAAAACAUCCACCCAUGCAUGAACAUCUCUAGUCUUCUCAAGGCCCAGCAGAAUGUUGCUUAGUCAUUGUGAGCUUGGACCCUUAAGAUUGCUUGAAAGGUGUUUCCUUUGACAAUCAUCAGAGGUAUUCAACUCUUUCCUCAAUUGAGACUGGGAUGAGAAAAUGACGUUUUGACAAUUUUAACAGUUCAUAGACAUUACAGACCAAAGGAUAUUGGCACAUUAAUCCAUCUCAUGCCACAAAGACAAGUCAAUGUAGCAUAAAGUGGAUUGAACUGCUGAUAGGAUGCGCUUGGUCUGCCGGUCUGUACGCCUUGAUGUAAACUCUGUGGGGGAAGGUUGUGCACAGGACAGAAUACAGAGUACUUUUUAAUGGUAUUCUCUGUCACAACUUCCGUAGGCGCCUCUGCUUUUGGACUUCCAAGCAACUAACAAGCAGGCUAAAUUGACACAGGCCUCCACGACCUGAUACUUGGCACAUUACAAGUAUACUUGCAUUGUUUUGAAGUAAGGACUG